AAUAACUCUAUCAAUAUGGGGCCCACUUUCAGGGUCGCAGGGAGGCUGGUGCCAUACCUAAUCCGCUCCCGGCAACUUUCCCUUAUCCGUCAUUUCUUUGAUUCAUCGGUCGUGGCCUCUUACGGUGGUUCAAAGAAGAUGUUUGUUCAGAAGCUUGCUAGGGAUGGACACGAACCAUCCCAUCCAUACAUCAGGAGAGAAGAUGAGAGACCCACGGAUGCUUCUCAUCCCUCGUCUCCCAUCCCAGCCGUUGAUCUUGAGCUGCUUUUCUCAUCAAAUGGCGAUUCACAAGCUAGUGAGAUGGAGAAGCUUAGAUCUGCCCUACACUCGUGGGGAUUCUUUCAGGCAAUUGGUCAUGGAAUUCCAAGUUCUUUGAUUGAUGAUGUGGGUAAAAUAACAAGAGAAUUCUUUCAUCUUUCAACAGAGGAGAGAAAAAGAUACUCUAAAGCAGUUUACGGUGACGGAAAUUCGAUUGAUGAAAUUGCUUCAGAAGGAAAAAUCAUUGAUUGGUGUGACCACCUUUACUUCUUGGUACUACCAGAAGAUGAGAGGGAGUUAUCCUGUUGGCCUGAAAAUCCAAGCUCUCUCAGGGAAAUCAUGAAUGAAUACACAAAGAAGAUAAAGGCAGUGAUUGAAGUAAUCCUUAAAGCCAUUGCGAAGUUGUUGGAUUUGGAAGAGGACUACUUCAUAAAGCAGUUUGGGGACAAGGCUACAACAUUUGCAAGGUUUAACUACUACCCGCGUUGUUCGCGGCCUGAUCUUGUUCUUGGUAUCAAAUCGCAUUCGGAUGGAAGCGGAAUCACCAUUCUUUUGCCGGAUCAAAUGGUGGAUGGUCUUGAGGUCCUCAAGGAUGGUCAAUGGGUCAAGGUUCAUGCCAUUCCCUAUGCUCUCGUCGUCAACAUAGGCGACCAAAUGGAGAUAAUGAGCAAUGGAAUUUUCAAGAGCCCAGUGCAUCGAGCGGUGACAAAUUCAGAGAAGGAGAGGAUCUCUUUGGCCAUGUUCUUAGCAGCCGAAGCAGAGAAAGAGUUAGGGCCUGCGGAACAAUUGAUUGAUGAGGAUAAUGGGAGGCCGAGAUUGUACAAGAAGUUGAAGGUGAAAGAAUAUCUUGAAGUCUUCUCCCGAAACUUUACACAAGGGAAGAGAUCGAUCGAUUGGGCCAAAGUUUGAAAAUAUUCAAAGUAUGUGGUGUAAUGCAUUUGUUUGAGGAGAAUGUUUGUUUCAGCUGUGACAUGUAAGAUGCCAUGAGCAUUUUGAAGAGGACUAGGUACUCCAAUUUCUUCUUGUUAACAAAAAGGUUUUUUUUUUUU